UUUUAAUUUAGUAAAUUCUUGAGCAAUUAGCCAUAUCACCAUUCUUCCAUGGAACCACAAAAGGCAAAGCUUGAUGAGUCCUGUGACUAUCUGUUACUGUAAGCAUGCAAUCUUGUAUCUUUCAUGUGAUCCUUUCUUUUCGUACCACUUUUCUCCUGUGAUUUGCUUCAAUACUUUCUUCUUAAUUUUCUCAUUUCUCCAAUCCUUCAUGCCCUCUAUAUAUUCAUCCCCUUCAACCCUUUUCUUCUUACCAUUCUCUCAAUCUCCCAAAAGCCUCUCUAGCUUGCAAAACCCUACUAUUUUCCGAAACAAAAGAGGAAAAAAGAAGCAAAAUUAAACAAAAUCUAUGAAGGGUUCAAUUUGUGUAGCUACAUUUCUUGUUCUUCUUCUUUUACUUCCACAAGCCAUGUCCGCAAGGCGCAUAGCUCGGCCUCAUUCACGUCAUCAUGGGCGCCAUCUGAAGAGUACCAUUAGGGAGGGAUUAGUGGAUAAAGAGUCAAUUAAUUACAAAAGAGUUAGGGGGCCAGAUACACUCCAAGUGGCAGGGUCGAGCUUGCCAGAUUGCUCCCAUGCUUGUGGAUCUUGCAGACCAUGCAGACUAGUGAUGGUGAGCUUAGUUUGCGCGUCAGUCGCUGAGUCUGAGACAUGUCCAAUGGCUUACAAGUGCAUGUGCAAUAACAAGUCAUAUCCUGUUCCUUAGUUCACCUGUCAUUCACUGUGAUUUUCAAUGUCAAGUAAUGUAGUCAAAGUUUCCUUCCUUUUUGGACCUCCAGUUUCUUUGCUAGGUAGAGAUUUUGUGUAAUCAAGAGUUUUGUUUACUGAUGUUUAAUAUUACGAAAUCACAAAAGACUUGGAUUUU